GGCGCGCGUCAGUUGAGACGGGAGGCUCUUGCCGCGAGAUUUCCCGCGGAACAAACCGCCCCGACAUGCUUUGCGUCCUUCUUUUUCGCAGUCGGCGCCUCGGAGCAGGAUGGGUAUCUCCAGGGAUAAUUGGCACAAGCGCCGCAAGACCGGGGGAAAGCGGAAGCCCUACCAUAAGAAAAGAAAGUAUGAGUUGGGACGACCUCCUGCCAAUACCAAAAUUGGCCCCAGAAGAAUACAUACAGUAAGAGUUCGUGGUGGCAAUAAAAAAUACCGUGCUCUCCGUUUGGAUGUUGGAAACUUCUCUUGGGGAUCUGAAUGCUGUACCCGCAAAACCAGAAUAAUUGAUGUAGUGUACAAUGCAUCCAAUAAUGAGUUGGUGCGCACAAAGACCCUGGUCAAAAACUGCAUUGUCCUCAUUGACAGCACACCAUACCGACACUGGUAUGAGGCCCACUAUGCCUUGCCCCUUGGGCGCAAAAAGGGCGCCAAGCUGACUCCUGAGGAGGAAGACAUUUUAAACAAAAAACGUUCAAAGAAAAUUCAGAAGAAGUAUGAUGAGCGGAAAAAGAAUGCCAAGAUCAGUAGCCUCCUGGAGGAGCAGUUCCAACAAGGAAAGCUACUUGCUUGCAUUGCCUCCAGACCUGGACAGUGUGGCCGAGCAGAUGGCUACAUUCUGGAAGGCAAGGAGCUAGAAUUCUAUCUGAGGAAGAUCAAAGCCAGAAAAGGCAAAUGAACCCAUUUAUUGUAUCUUAACAGGCUUAAUAAAUAUCUCAAAAGUCUUGUUAUAAA